AUGCCGGAAACCGAAAAUAUUGUGGGAGUUGCUGGGUCUAGUGUAGUGUUAACCGGAAGUGACGAACAAAAUGGUAGCGAUUCAUUGUCAUCGGUAUUGCUGAGGAUGCAAGGCACUCUACAGAGAUUAAUGUCCGAGGUUGCUAUUUUGAAGGCCACUGCUAGUACAUCCAAGGAGACACCAACCUAUUGUAAGUUCUUUCCAUUUACCAUUUACAUUCACUUUGAGUUGUUUUGA